UUCGGCUGUUUUUUCCUGUCAAGCGGCGGCACCGUGGAGGAGUCACAUGAUUGCAGUGAUAUGGAGGCGUCUUUUCUGACGGCCUGAGUCGGAAUGAAGUAAAAGUGUAUCGAGUGUAUCAGAUUAACAGCGUUACAUUGCGCCACGCAGGCUGAGGUGUUUGCCUUGUCUUUACAGCCAUGGAGAGAGUAGAGGCUACAUCAGAGCUCCAGUCACGGUUGUCGUCCCUCUCCUUCUCGUCUUUCCCCGGAAUAACAUCCAAACAGUGCGACAGCAGACCGCUGGACAGGCUCCAGAAUACCGAUCUUUCACAGAGCUUUACCCAGUUAAAAAACCAGGCUAACAUGGAUGAAACCAAGGAGGAUUCAGGGCAGCGUUCAGAGGGUAAUGAAGAGGCCCCUGCUGAGCCAGCCCCAGGGGAGGGAGGCGAGGAGAACAACAGUGCUGGGAACUGUCAGCCCUCCGCUGAGAUGAAAGCCCAGAUGCCACCCCUGAAUCCCCCAACAACAUGGACAUCUGCUGCUAUGAAGGAGCUGAAGGCAAAGCUUCGAACAGAGAAGGACAGCGUGGUGACAGUGUACCGAGGUGACAUCAUGACAGUUCAUGUGCCGACUGUCCCUGAGGCCAAAAAAGUGUGUUGGGAAUUCGCUACGGACGGCUAUGACAUUGGCUUUGGUAUCUAUUUUGACUGGACCCCUGUCACGAACCGAUCUAUCACAGUGCACAUCAGUGAGUCAAGUGACGACGAAGAUGAGGAGGAGGAGCUGGAAGGGCCUGUCAGUAAUGGAGACGUUGAGAAGGGCUCCAAAACUCAAACCAACUCAAGCCUGGCUGAGAUCUUACCUGUAUACCGUCAGGACAGUCACCUGUCCGUACACGGGGGAAGCCACGAUUUUCCAGGUGAAGGCACUUACCUGCUGAAGUUUGACAACUCCUACUCAUUAUGGCGAAAUAAAACUCUAUACUACAGGGUUUAUUAUAGUGCCUGAGAUGCCAAUCUUUUGUUUAAGAAUGUUAAUCUGAAUAAUGAUUAAUUAUUUUGAUUCCAUACUUGGGAAAAAAAUCAAAUUAUAAUAUAAAAAAUUAAAUAGAGGCAUAUCUAUUUUUUAUCUCUACAAGCUUGUGUUGCCACAUGUUGAAUUUACCUAUAUUAUCAGAUAGUUUUGAAUGCAACAUUUCCCCCAGUGUCUUGCAAGAUAGAUAUCUGAAGAAGCCUUGCAUAGGUGCCAUGUUCCUAUGUAUGCACUGUGCUAUUUGGUUAAGUGCCCAUCAUAAAACAUAUAUUAUCUUCAGCCGUAACAUUUCUAUGGUAGCAGUGAUCAGGGAACACCUGCACAGAAUAUAUUUCACCAGGCCAGGUGCUUAAUCAGCUGUGCUCUAAAGAAAUGGAGGUUUUUAUCAUAGCGUGUGUGUGUGUGUGUAUGUGUGUGCACUUCCUGCGAUUAUGAUUGUUCUUUUGCUUUGUUGUUGUUACUCGUAUGUACCCUUCCGCUUGCAGUGUAAGUUAUUUUUAAUCUGUGUUCAAUCUGAUUAUGUGAUAAUGGAGAAUACAAUUAUGAAGUACAAACUCUGUGCACAGACACGUCUUCUGUCAUAGUGGUGUGUUGGUAAACGAUAUAAGUUGAAUGUACUGAAACAAGUUGUAGCAGUUUUUCAGAGUGUGCUUUUUAUGACACAAAUAAAAGCCAUCCCUUAUCACAUAAAGCUCUUAUUAUGUAAUAUAGAUUCAAUAUUUACAUUUGCCUCACCCCCCUUCAAUUUGCUUUUUCGGAGGUAGGGAGCAGCUGUAAUAUUUAAUCUAAAUGUAUUUUGUGCACAGGUCUAUGUAAGUGAAAGUCAUUGUGUUUGUUUUUGAAUAUCCUCAGUGUGUCAGACAUACUUUGGAUUUGAUUGUGUUGAACAACUUUGUUUCAUCCUGUUUUUAAAAUCAACGCUUCUACCAUGUUCACUCGUGCGCAUGUUUUCCAAAGAUGUCACAGAUUUGGCUGCUAAUGCCGCACACGAUGUAAAGCAACGGGUUUAAAGCCUCCCCAUGUUUGCUGUACUUUACCUUUACUGUAAGUUAUGAUAUUUGUUCCUGAAAUUUAUAUUCCACAAUAAAGAGAAGAUUGUCUAUUU